AUGUCAAAGCAUUGGGAUGAGUCAAAAGAAGCUGAAUUAAUUACAUCAUACCUGGAUUCUCAAUUUAAAAAUUUAUAUUUUUUAAAUGUUAAAGAGAGAACAGAGACAAUUAGCUUACUUCGUAUACAAAUUAUUGAAUCAUCUGAUUCUUAUACUUGUACUACUACUGGUUCUUUAACUAAAAACACACAAAAACAUAUAAUGAGUAAGUUCUUUAAUAAUAGUAAUACUGUAGCACAAUCAUCACUUGAUACCGAAUUACAGUUGUACAAUAGUUUGCCUUUAGUUCUUAAGCAUGAUUUGAAUCACCCUAAAUAUGAAAAAGACAACCUACUAUUAUUUUGGUGCAAAUAUGCAAAAUCAUUACCAUUUCUUGCAUCUCAAGCAAGAAUAUAUUUAGCUAUACUUGCUAAAUCAGUUUCUUCUAAGUGUUUGUUCUCAGAUGCUAGCAAUUUACUAACUGAUAAACAUAAUCAACUUGAUUCAAAUCAGAUAUGUGAGUUGUUAUUUUUAAAAGAAAAUUUAUUUCUUUUUAAUUACUAUUCAGGAUUAGAAAUUUAA